GGCCACAUCUGCCCAGGCAGAGGACAGGAGUCCAAGAAGAGAGGAGCAGAGACAGCCAAGAUGCUGAAGCUGCUGCUGCUGCUGGCACUGCCCCUCCUGGCACGUCUGGUGUCCGCGGCCCCUCGCCCAGCCAAGCAGCGAGUGGGCAUCGUGGGAGGACAUGAGGCUUCUGAGAGUAAGUGGCCCUGGCAGGUGAGCCUGAGAUUUAAAUUAAACUACUGGAUACAUUUCUGCGGUGGCUCCCUCAUCCACCCACAGUGGGUGCUCACAGCAGCACACUGUGUAGGACCGCACAUCAAAAGCCCAGAGCUCUUCCGGGUGCAGCUUCGUGAGCAGUAUCUAUACUAUGGGGACCAGCUACUGCCUGUGAACCGGAUCGUUGUGCACCCCCACUAUUACACAGCUGAGGGUGGGGCAGACAUCGCCCUGCUGGAGCUUGAGGUCCCUGUGAAUGUCUCCAUCCAUAUCCACCCCAUAUCUCUGCCCCCUGCCUCGGAGACCUUCCCCUCAGGGACAUCGUGUUGGGUGACAGGAUGGGGCGACAUUGAUAAUGACGAGCCUCUCCCGCCACCUUAUCCCCUGAAGCAAGUGAAGGUCCCCAUUGUGGAAAACAGCCUGUGUGAUCGGAAGUACCACACUGGCCUCUACACGGGAGAUGAUUUUCCCAUCGUCCAUGAUGGCAUGCUGUGUGCUGGAAAUACCAGGAAAGACUCCUGCCAGGGCGACUCAGGGGGACCGCUGGUCUGCAAAGUGAAGGGUACCUGGCUGCAGGCAGGCGUGGUGAGCUGGGGUGAGGGCUGCGCACAGCCCAACAGGCCUGGCAUCUACACCCGGGUUACGUACUACGUGGACUGGAUCCAUCGCUAUGUCCCUGAGCAUUCCUGAGACCCAGCCAGGGUCAGGGAAGGACCAGGCCCCUGCUGUCUUUAACUCACUGCUCCCUGCCCAAGUGGAAACCUUACCUUCCUUGUCCUCUGCCUCCCCUGUCUUCUGGGUGUCCCUCUGAGCCCCCACCCUGUUCUACCUUGAGUCCCUAACCACUUUUGUCCCACUUUGCUUCCCACCACAUAAUAGCUGCAUUGUGUGGCUCCCUCCCUUCUGUGGCUCAUUAAAGUACUUGAAAACAGC